AUGUCCGACCAAGUUUUGCUGCCCCAGGUUGCGUACCGGCCACCCUCCCCGCAGGGUCGGCGGAGGCCGGCGCGGACACUUAAUCCUAUAAUGGAGGAGCCAGAGCACUCGAGAGACUCGUUCGCCUCGAGGAGGAGAAGGAACGGGCCUUCGGUUGAGAAGAUUGAACAGUGGCUUUCCCCCAUGAGCGACCACUUCCCCACACCAAGAGGAAUGCACUUUCUGGCCGCCCCGAUCCUGCCAGCUACACCAUCAGUCCUCUCCCAGGCAACUAACGAGAGCGAGCCCGAGCUCGAUAAUGACGACGUCAGCUCCGAAGCUUCAUCAUCAAACCCAUCCUUCCAGUGGAACCACAACAGCAACAACCGAGAGAGUAUCAUGACCGAUGUCACCGAGUUUGAUGAUCUGUACGAUGUGUCCGAUGACGAGAUCCGACGAAAGCAGCGUCUUCAGGCAAACGGUAUCGGCCGGCAACGGAGCUCCACCCGGAGCUCAAGGAGUUCAAGGAACCUCAAGAGAUCAUCCAGGGCCUCCCUUGAGUUUCGCCGGUCAUUGACCCCUCUUGUGAUCCCAGAGGAAGCCCAGCAAGCCGCGAAGAAGGUUUUGUCGCCCAUCCCACCAACACCGCCAUCCGCUGUUGCCAUGUCACCAGCUAUCAUGUCACUUAUGGAACUGAGGCAAAGACAAGAUACUCCCCGCGUCUCUGCCCCACCAUCUCUCGACGGCAGCAUCAACUCGGAGGAAAUGGCCGCCAUGUCAGCACCACCCACUCCUGUGGUUGGUUCUGAGUAUGGUGCCGGUGAGGAGUGGUCCGGAGUUCGUCUCCAGCCUGGUGCUCUCGAGACUCUCCAGGCCCUCGCUGGUGACGAAUCAGCGUUUGCUGAGCAACCCACUCAGGUUAUUGAGGUGCCACAAGAGAUGGCUCAAACCCGCAGACAGCCUCCCCGCAUCAUGACCAACUUGAACCGGGCCCCAUCAGCAGCCCGCCUGUCUCUUGCUGAUCUCAGCAAGCUCGAGAUUCCAUCCCCAGGUGGCUUCUUUUCUGAGCUCUCGUCUGCCAGCCGGCAAACAUGGCACGCUGAGAAGAACACCGAGGAAACCGAUGAGGGCCAACCUCCUACUUCUACAACCGCUGAGAAUUUUUACAAGAUUCCAUGGAGCCGCGACAGAGUUCCUCCCCCACCACCCAGGCCACUGCACCUCGACAACCUGCCAUCAGCCAUCAUCGAGCGUGUUGUUGAGUUCCCCGAGACCCAGGGCCAGGAGGACCUCCCGACAGCCAUUCGCAUUGAGCCUACCCCAGUUCCUCUUACUGCUAUUAGAAUUCCACCCACUCCUAGACAGUCUGAGGCCACUGCUUCCGAGACCGCUGUUGGCGAGCCCAGCUCACCAAUCGUUGUUACUGAGAUCAUUGCCGAGCUUGACCGUGACUAUGUCGCCAAGCAAGAGGAGAAUGUCGUCUCCCAUGCUGGCCGCACCCAGAUGUGGCUCAUGGCUCAGCGCGCCUACCUUCAAGGUGUUGCCGGCUUCUCUGAUGAGGCCGAGGAGCAAGAAUCUGAGGCUUCUGAGCACGAGUCCGAGGCCGAGGACAAGGUCGAGGAGCUCAAGGUUGAGGCUACCGAAGAGGUGCCCCUGAAGAAGUCCAAGUCCGUCCGCUUCUCCGCCCUUCCCCUGGACAACUUCCCUCAACCCCCCAAGAAGCUCCCACCCAAGCUCCUCCGUCAGGAGUCGGCUUACUAUCGCGCCUUCACCGACUUCACCGUCCGCUCCUGCCACACCGACGCCUUUGUCCACCGUCAGCCCCGCUUCGAGGCUCUUCAGGCCCAGCGCAUUUCCCUCAGAGAUGCCCACCGCAACCAGCUCCUCGGAAAGUACCAGCUCUCCGUCGUCCCUCAGUCCGCCAAGAAGCGCAUGAGCACCAACGUUGUCCGCGGCGAUGACAACCUCAUUGACGACCCUGAGAAGCUCCGCGCCGACAAGGAAGCUGACGCCCUCAGCCAGAUGCACAUGUCCGCUUGGCACGUCGCCGCCACCAAGCAGCUCAACGGUGGCAGGCUUGUUUCUGCUCCCGUCGGCAAGCGCCUCGCUCGUCAGUCCACCUUUGCCCCUGGCACAGGCAGCAAUGGCCUCCCCCGUGACCGGGCUAGAAUCCUUGAUCUCGGCGGCCAGGGCGCCUGCGACUGGGCCUGGCAUGCUGCCCUCCAGUUCCCCAACUGCAAGAUUUAUACUGUCACAACCAAGGCCAUCCGUCAACUGUCCAACUCCAACAUCCGUGGCCCUCCCAACCAUAGGCAGGUCGCGGUGGAGAGGUUGACCAAGCUUCCCUUUGCGGACAACCAGUUCGAUCUCAUCUCCGCUCGUGAGCUCCAUGCUGUGCUGAAGAUGUCGGGCGAGAACGGGGUGGACGAGUGGGACGCCUGUCUGGCCGAGUGCAUGCGUGUCCUCAAGCCAGGAGGCUACAUCGAGUUCAACCUCUUGGAUGCCGACAUCAUCAACGCGGGAGAGUUGGGCAACGCCAAGGCGGUCGAGUUUGGGUUCGCGCUGCAGACUCUGGGAUAUGACGCCCGCCCGACAAAGAACUUCAUCUCGAGGCUUGACAAGGCCGGUUUCGAGGAUGUGAGGAGGGCGUGGGUUGCUAUGCCGGUGGGACCCAAGAAGCUGCCCAAGCCGGUGGUGAGUGUCGGUCGGGAGGAGGCGGGCGGGGAGGAGAGGGAGGUUCUUCGGAUGGAGGCGGUGGUGAGCGGGUCGAGCGAUAAUAUUGCUGCUGUUACGGGGUUGGUUGCGGGGUGGAGUUGGGAGAAGUGGCUGUUGAGGGCGGAGAUGGAGAGGGCGGCGGGGGAGUUGAGGUUGGCGGAUACGGUUACGCCUGGGAAGGCGAUGAAGGAGGCGGGGAAGAUGAUUGCUGAUGUUAGCGCUGUUGUUGAGGAGGGGAGGGCGAAGGGGAGCUUGUUUAGGUGUUUGAAGGGGUAUGCGAGGAAGCCGGUUCCUAAGCCCAAGGUGGAAUUUGCGGAUGAGUUGAAUGAGUUGGAUCGGAGUGGGAGCAUCAGAAUUUGCUUGGAUACCGAGAGCUUGUAUUGA